AUGGCAUUCCUUGCAAUAGCAUUGGAAAUAAGAAUAUUAACUCGAAACAAAUAUGCAAAUGAUAGGUUCACAGCUAAUUCAGAAUCUGUUAAUGAAACAUGUACGAAUAUCAUUGUUAAUAGAAUGGCUAAUAUUGUAGGCGAAAAUACAAUAUUCAUAGUAUUUAAUUUUUUUCAACUUUGGUUCAGUUAUAAUGCGAUAUAUUAUCAAAACGUUAUUCAAUUAUUAACUUUAGCAGGAAUAAAUUAUUUUGUUGGAUUUUUUGCCAUCGUACAAAUUAUCGAAAUAAAUAAAUGGAAAGCAAAUGCAGAAGAAUGUAAACCAGCUUAUAUAUUUCAAAACCAAUUUGAACGGUACGAAAUUCCAUUAAUAACAAUAUCAUUACUGAGUGCAACUACGAUGGCUUAUUUCACUUGGAAAUUAUACCAACAAUUUGGUUGGAAUAUUUAUAAAAAAAUUGGCGCAGAUUUGAGAAUGCAAAGCAUUUAUAAAACGAUGCUUAUUUUCGUAAUGUUGUUGAAACUUGAUGUCUUUUUCAUGAUUGUGUUGGCAAUUCAAGCAUGCACUGCAUUCUCAUACAAAGCCGUUGAUGAUCCAAAAUAUCUUGAUCCUCCUGUUCUGUAUUGGUUACAUGUUUUCGUGACAAUUCUUAUAGUCUUCUUACAAAUAUUGGCGUUCCGUUCACUCACAUUUAUAUGGGGAAUAUUUGUACUAAAUAACUUUGGUCUAGGCCUGAAAAAACAUAUGAAUGCUGAAUUACCGCAACACGACACAAAUCAAUCACCAAGAAUAUCAACGACUCAAACGUUUGAUUCAGUCCAGAUUCCUCCAAUAUCAAACCAUAGCAACAAUAAUGUUCAGGCGACUUCUCCAACUAGAUGGGCAAUUGAUGACGAUUAG